AAUGUCGGGUGUAUUGACUAAAGUCCUCCCCAGGACCAUAAACAGCGUCACUCUACAAAGUCCCCUUGGAAAUCCCAGUGGCACUCUGCAGGAGAAUGGGGAACAGUUCGGAAGAUUUGUCUCAAACCAAGAAUGGAAAUGCAGCUUCCACCUGGCACGAGGGGACCCCCGAAAUCAUCACCGAGAAUUCAUAUGGGAAGGAGCUGGAGAGCGAGGACAAGCGCCAAGCCACAGACACAGGGAGGGAGCAGAAAGAAUUCGACAUGAUCUAUAAAAUUGAAGAUGUGCCCCCAUGGUACCUCUGCAUCCUGCUUGGCUUUCAGCACUACCUGACCUGUUUCAGCGGGACGAUCGCUGUCCCGUUCCUCCUGGCAGAGUCCCUGUGUGUGGGAAAGGACCAAUACACAGUCAGCCAGCUCAUCGGCACCAUCUUCACCUGCGUCGGGAUCACCACACUAAUCCAGACCACGCUGGGGAUCCGACUCCCCCUGUUUCAAGCAAGCGCACUCGCCUUUCUGGUUCCUGCAAAGUCCAUCCUGGCCCUGGAGAAAUGGAAAUGUCCCCCAGAAGAGGAGAUCUACGGCAAUUGGACGUUACCGCUGAACACAUCUCACGUGUGGCACCCGAGGAUGAGAGAAAUCCAAGGGGCGAUCAUCGUGUCCAGCCUGGUGGAAGUGGUGAUCGGGCUUGUGGGGCUGCCAGGAGCGCUGCUCAGCUACAUUGGACCUCUCACCGUCACUCCCACUGUCUCCCUGAUAGGACUGUCAGUCUUCCAAGCUGCGGGGGAUCGUGCAGGAUCUCACUGGGGCAUUGCAGCACUAUCCAUUUUUCUGAUUGUUUUAUUUGCCCAGUACCUGCGAAAUGCGACCUUUCGGCUGCCUGGGUACAAAUGGGGGAAAGGCUGUAUUGUGUUCAGGCUACAGAUCUUCAAAAUGUUCCCGAUCAUCCUGGCCAUCAUGAUGGUGUGGCUGUUGUGCUAUAUUUUAACACUGACGGACGUUUUCCCACGCGAUGCUGAGGCAUAUGGCUACAAGGCCAGGACAGACGCCAGGGGGAAAAUCAUGUCAACUGCACCCUGGUUCCGCCUACCAUAUCCUUGUCAGUGGGGCUUGCCCACCGUGACGGCAGCAGCUGUGUUAGGGAUGUUCAGCGCUACCCUGGCUGGCAUUAUCGAGUCCAUCGGGGAUUACUAUGCCUGCGCCAGGCUGGCAGGGGCUCCAGCGCCACCCAUCCACGCUAUCAAUAGAGGCAUUUUUACAGAGGGGAUCUCCUGUAUCAUAGCUGGGCUGCUGGGAACGGGCAACGGCUCCACAUCCUCGAGCCCCAACAUCGGCGUCUUGGGCAUCACAAAGGUGGGAAGCAGAAGAGUGGUGCAAUAUGGAGCUGGGAUCAUGCUUGUUUUGGGAACCAUCGGCAAGUUCACAGCUCUGUUUGCCUCACUCCCUGACCCUAUCCUCGGAGGGAUGUUCUGUACAUUAUUCGGAAUGAUCACAGCUGUUGGCCUUUCCAACCUGCAGUUUGUUGACAUGAACUCAUCCCGCAAUCUUUUCAUUCUGGGAUUCGCAAUGUUUUUUGGACUGACGUUGCCAAACUACUUGGAUUCACGCCCCAAUGCCAUUAACACAGGUGUUCCUGAAGUCGACCAAAUAUUAACAGUGCUGUUAACAACGGAAAUGUUUGUUGGGGGUGGCAUUGCCUUCAUAUUGGACAACACCAUUCCAGGGACACAGGAGGAGCGUGGGCUGGUUCAGUGGAAGGCCGGAGCACAUGCAGACAGAACCACAGCUGCAAAUUUGAAAAGCUACGAUUUUCCAUUUGGAAUGAGUGUGGUAAAAAGGAUCCAGUGGUUCACGUAUGUGCCAGUAUGCCCUGUUUUCAAGGGAUUUCAUUCAAGGAAAAGGAAUUGUGACACAAUGGAAAAUGUACAAGAGAACACAGACAACCUGUUCAUAUGUACUAAGUGGAGAGAACUGCCCCUAUAUUUGCCUAACUAGUCCUGCAGCGUAACCCUGGAAAAGUUUAUGUUGGAUAGCUCUGCUACACCGACCAUCUUUCCUAUUGCCUGUUACAUUGAGCGUAAACUACCUUGGCCUUUGCCACACUGCUAUUUAAUGGACAAUUAAUAGUUAAGAUUUUUGCCAGGCGGGUGUUAGAAUUCUUGAUCUGUCAUGCAUGGAGGCCCAUUAACACCUACCUGAAUCCCUGAUCCAAUGGGCUGAGAUUCAGAACCUUUUGUUAGCACAGGCUCUGAUGGAUAGCAUCAAUGUAGCAAUGACCUCCAUACUCAGCAGUUCAUGACCAGAGUAAAGCAGCGUUUUUCCACCUUAUGAAGAAAGUUCUGCUAGACAAAUGCUGCACCAAUAACAGCUGAGCAACUACCUAACUUUCAAUAGUUUGCAUAAGUAUAAUUAGAUCUUAAAUAACUUAAUUAUGUCCAAGGAUGAACAGACAAGCUCAUUUUCUGAGCUGCCUUGGCUCUGCAGGGCUAAGAGAAGUAAACAUGAGAAAUUGACUCUGAACACAGGAUCAGAUAUUGUGCCCAGUCACUUUCCAGAAUUGCCUAGUAGGAAACUUCUGCAAGAAACCACUACACCAAGUCAUACCUGUAAACGCAUCUCCCUAGGAAAUGGAAUGCACAAGCACUGCAGCUUGACUAGACUGAAUAUGGAUAUGUUUAAUGCAAAGGUGAUCCCUCCCUGGACCCUGAUGAAUUGCCCUGUUAACACCAAAAUGCAGCUUGUGACUGGAUAUGCAAGUGUGCCUGAGCUCCCUUGCUGAUAAGUGAUAGGAUCUAAAAGGGGAGGGCUUCUAUGUGACUGACUAGCAACGCUCCCAGAGAACACCCACUGCCACUUUGAAUAUCAUUAAUAAACUUCUCAUACUACA